CUAGUUUUCUCCCGGACUGAUUUCAUCAAUGGUAGCAAAGUGUCAUCAUACAAGCUUGCAUUCCGCUAGUCAGUUUAUCGAACUGUCUCUAAUAUUGUUUUAUUAUUUGACUAAAAGUUAUUACAACGUAUCGGUGAAGGUCUUUACAUAUUAUAAUAAGAUCACGAUAUUUUAUAUCUCGGUUGAGGCUGUGUAACCUUUCAGGAUUAAGAGCUCUUGGGUAGCUAGCUUGUAAACAGUGACAGUACAGGGCUGUCAUUUGGGUGACAAGCGUGUUGCUGCUGAAUAAACCAGUUGACGUUAUCCAACAGGUGUAUAACAGCAGAUGGAGCUGCAGGCGGUAUUGAUGGCCGCUGGUGGUGGGUCUCGUAUGAUGGACCUGACCUACAACACCCCCAAACCUCUGCUACCUGUAGGGAACAAGCCCCUCAUCUGGUACCCCCUCAACCUGCUGGAGAGAGUGGGGUUUGAAGAGGUAAUUGUCAUCACAACCAAAGAGGUGCAGAAGAUGAUCAGCACAGACCCCAAGAUGAAGCUGGAUGUGAAGAUGAAGUUAGACGUGGUGUGUAUCCAGGAGGAUGCUGACAUGGGCACCGCAGACGCCCUCAGACACAUCCAGCAGAAAGUCAAGACGGACAUCUUGGUGGUGAGCUGUGACCUGAUAACGGACGCUGCCCUCCACGAGGUGGUCGACCUGUUCCGGGCCCACAACGCCACCCUCUCCAUGCUGAUGAGCAAAGCCCAUGAGUUCACCGAGACCGUCCCCGGACAGAAGGGAAAGAAAAAAACUGGGGAGCAGAGGGACUUUGUUGGGGUGGACGGCACAGGAAAGAGGCUCCUCUUUAUGGCCAACGAGGCCGACCUGGACGAAGGUCUGGUCAUCAGGAAGUCCAUCAUGAGAAAACAUCCAAGGAUGCACAUCAAAACUGGCCUUGUGGACGCCCACCUGUACUGCCUGAAGAAGUCUGUGGUCGACUUCCUCGCUGAUAACAAAUCAAUCUCUUCGAUUCGGGGAGAGUUAGUCCCGUAUCUGGUCCACAAACAGUUCUCUAAAUCCACCAACUCUCCGAAGGUCAACGAUGAAACUCAUCAGAACCUAAAUAAAAACGAUGGCAAUGUAAACUUAGAGAUCCAGAUCUCGUCCAGGGAUGAGGAGCUGCUGCGUCUAACCCAGGAGAGGUCCUGUUGGAAUGACCACCGUGGGGACAUGAGCGAGGCCUACCACGGAGGACGCCUACGAUGCUACGUGCACAUCAUGGACGAGGGAAUAUGUUACCGCGUCAACACGAUAGCGGCCUACAUCGAAGCCAAUCGCCUGGCCCCUAAGCUGUUUGAUGAGCCAGCAGUCCAUCCAUCAGCAGUGAUCUCUGAGCGCUGUCUGAUUGGUGCAGACAGCAUAAUAGGAGCUUCCUGUCAGAUCUCAGACAAGACAUCCAUAAAGAGAUCGACGAUCGGAGCGUCCACCACCGUCAGGGAGAAGGUCAAAGUAACCAACUCCAUCAUCAUGCAUGGAGUCACCAUCGAGGAGGGGACGUUAUGGUCUCAGCCUCAGCCCUGGCUGCCAACCCAACCCAGGGGGAGCAGAGCAGCAUCCAUCCCCAGGCAGGGUUGUUGGUUCCCCCAGCUCUCCUGACUAACCCUAACCCAACAUACUACCACCACCUCAGAGACUUUCCAACUGCUGGUAGUGUUUUAGCAUGCCUCUGCCUGACACCCAGGGUCUGGAGUUUCACUAUGGCAGUUACAUAUGGGAAGAUGAGAUUAAAUCCUGAAUUGAGGUUCAUUUGAUUCAUUCAGGAUUUCCUCUCUUUUAUUGAUCAAACUUAAACUGCACAAUCAAGGGAAUGAAGAAACAAUUAGGAUGUUUGAUAAAGAGUAAAUAGAGAAUUUCUACACCACUCAAAUGAAUGACUAUACUGCCUACCUGGACCCCAAACAAUCCAUUGUUUAGACUGAGCUCAGUGCUAGUAAUGAUUACAACAUGGGGGUUUUAUUUCGACAUGGGGGUGUGCUUGGUCUCAGCUUUGAUGAACACCUGUCUGUAAUGUUUCGUCAACCCAUGCCCUCAACAAAACAAACCUGACGGUAUCGAAUGCAAUUGUUGUAUUCGAAAUGUUGACAGUGUAUAAUUCGCACACACGAGGUAGAGGCUGGUGUUGUUCUUUAAUAUGAAUGCUCAGUCUUUCCUCUGGGGGGGAUUGGGGGCCGGGAUGUCCAGGUUUUUCUGGAUCAAAUAGGGUUUUAGGUGGUGGCUGUCUCGGGCAGUGUGGUAAUGGGCGUGGUCGUUUGUGCGGCUUAAAUCUUUCCGGAAUUGGUGGUGGAGAGAAAGAAAUGCUGUUUUCAGCUAAUUUCCUGCAAUUCUAUAAAUCUUUCCAUGGAGCUGAGAGGAAAUUGUGCAGUGCGAAAUCUAAUUUCCUGCAAUUCUAUGCAUUUUGCCAUGGCUUAUUCUAUGUUCUUAUGCUCAACCAUUCUAACAAAACAAAUGGGGACCCCAAUCAGGGCCCCUGGGCAUGUGCCCUGCAUGCCCGUCAGUAAUCCAGCCAUGACAAAUAUACUCCUAAAUUCAUCAUUUUUAGAAUGUUCUAUUUUCCCAGACUGUCUAGCUUUUGUUUGGUGAUUUUUACUUCUCAAAGAUUAUAAUAAAAAAAUAUAUAGGUCUAUUA